GGGCGGCUGCCGCGAGAGAUGCUGGAAGAAACUUCUUAAAUGACCGCGUCCGGCUGGCCGUGGAGCGUUUCUGGGUUGGGGAGAGGAAAGGAAAGUGGAAAAAAACUGAGAACUUGCUGAUCCCUCUCGCUGUGAGACAUGUCUGAGACUCCUGCUCAGUGUAGCAUUAAGCAGGAACGCAUUUCAUAUACACCUCCCGAGAGCCCGGUGCCGAGUUACGCCCCCUCGACUCCACUUCAUGUUCCAGUGCCGAGACCGCUCAGGAUGGAGGAAGACUCGAUCCGCCUGCCCGCGCACCUGCGCUUGCAGCCAAUUUACUGGAGCAGGGAUGACGUAGCCCAGUGGCUCAAGUGGGCUGAAAAUGAGUUUUCUUUAAGGCCAAUUGACAGCAACACGUUUGAAAUGAAUGGCAAAGCUCUCCUGCUGUUGACCAAAGAGGACUUUCGCUAUCGAUCUCCUCAUUCAGGUGAUGUGCUCUAUGAACUCCUUCAGCAUAUUCUGAAGCAGAGGAAACCUCGGAUUCUUUUUUCACCAUUCUUCCACCCCGGAAACUCUAUACACACACAGCCAGAAGUCAUACUGCAUCAGAACCACGAAGAAGAUAAUUGUGUCCAGCGGACCCCACGGCCACCAGUGGAGACCGUGCACCACAAUCCCCCCACCAUUGAACUGUUGCACCGCUCCAGGUCGCCCAUCACGACAAACCACAGGCCUUCUCCUGACCCCGAGCAGCGGCCCCUCCGGUCCCCCCUGGACAACAUGAUCCGCCGCCUCUCCCCGGCCGACAGGGCCCAGGGACCGAGGCUCCACCAGGAGAACAACCACCAGGAGCCCUACCCCCUGUCAGUGUCUCCCAUGGAGAAUAACCACUGCCCGCCGUCCUCCGAGUCCCACCAGAAGCCGCCCAGCCCCAGGCAGGAGAGCACGCGAGUGAUCCAGCUGAUGCCCAGUCCCAUCAUGCACCCGCUGAUCCUCAACCCCCGGCACUCCGUGGAUUUCAAGCAGUCCCGGCUCUCCGAGGACGGGCUGCACAGGGAGGGGAAGCCCAUCAACCUGUCCCACCGGGAGGACCUGGCGUACAUGAACCACAUCAUGGUCUCCGUGUCCCCGCCCGAGGAGCACGCCGUGCCCAUCGGAAGGAUAGCAGACUGUAGACUGCUUUGGGAUUACGUCUAUCAGUUGCUCUCCGACAGCCGGUACGAAAACUUCAUCCGAUGGGAGGACAAAGAAUCCAAAAUAUUCCGGAUAGUGGAUCCCAACGGACUGGCUCGGCUGUGGGGAAAUCAUAAGAACAGAACAAACAUGACCUAUGAGAAAAUGUCCAGAGCUCUGCGCCACUACUACAAACUAAACAUUAUCAGGAAGGAGCCAGGACAAAGGCUUUUGUUCAGGUUCAUGAAGACCCCGGAUGAAAUCAUGAGUGGCCGGACAGACCGUCUGGAGCACCUUGAGUCCCAGGAGCUGGAUGAACAAAUAUACCAAGAAGACGAAUGCUGAAGGCGGCACCCCCACCUCGCGGGCGGCAGCGCGGGAACCCGCCCGGCAGCAUGGCAGGAGGCGUGAAUGGCAGGCUGGCGAGGAGGGCGGAAAGCGAGGGCCGGGGACGGGCGCCCACCGCUCCUGCACACCAGGGGGGGCCCAGAGCACCUUAGACAAACCACCGGCAACGGCGGGCGGGACUUGCGGCCGAGGGCACGAGCCUGGGACUUGCGGUUCACAUUUCCUUCUCAUUUGGAGUCUCUCCAUCUGUAAUUUCUCACCCUCACCCUUCCACCUAUUGUUAGUUUCAUGGUGUUUGUUUUUUUUAAGACCAUGAGGUUUGACUUUUCAACAUUCAUAUAGGGAAAGACAUCCGAGGUUGUUUUCCUAUGGAAAUAUAUAUCUAUUAUAUAUAUAUAUUUUUUUGCAAAUCUCACAAAGUGCGGCAAACCCAGCUGGUCAGGAAAGAGAAUACUUGCAAAAGGUUUCAUGUUCCUCUUCAUCCUGCCACGUGGAUCAUUGGUUCCUGUUGCUCUUUGGCCUUGGCUGGGGAAGAAAAAAGAAAAAAAAAGAUGCUUUUAAAAAAGAUAAAGUGAAAGGAGAGCUCUCUUUUUCUCUCUCUUGUUCUCUUUCCUUCCCUGCUGCCCCUCUGGCCUUCCUCCCUGCCCGCCACGCCCCAGAUGCCUUUCUGCAGAGUUCAGCCUCUUGGUGAGUCUUGGAAAUCAUUGGCAUCUAAACAGAAUCAGUGGCCUGGGGACUCUGUAACUGGCCCCACAAAAUCAAACCCAUCGGAGGGAGGCCGGGCACAUCACAGAGGCUGCUGUCCUCCAGAUAGAUACGCACACGUGCGGCAGGCCGCCCAAGACGCAGCCGUGAGGCUCGCUUGGUGUGCUGAGCCGCAGGAUGUAGUGGAGGCAGAAAGGCCACCCAGGUGCUUUGGAAGGCCCCAGCAUCUUGGAAUUAGCUUGCAAGUACCAUAAAGUAGAAAAUACUGAAGACCACACAGCCUGACAGUCCAGACACUCACUAGGUGCAGUGUGAUGUACGAUUCUAAAGCAGGCGGCUGAGGCGAGAGGAAGGAGGCGAUUCCUCUGCUCCAUCCUCAGGGCCAUCUUGUGGCCAGUUUUUUUUUUUUUUUCAAUUCCUAAUCUUUUAAAAAGUUCCCUGGUCCCAGGACCCAGGACCCAGGGCAUUUGUGAGGAGAGGCUCCUGGAGUGUGCUCUCGAUUACUACCAGCCUUUGCCAAGCUGGACCUACAGAAAAUUCCUCAGAUACAUUACUGUUUCCUUCUUUCCUAGCACUUUUUCAGAAUGAAACCCAUUCAUGGCUCUUUUUCACCUCAAAAUAAGGUUGAGACUAUCUUAGAAACUGAGGGAAUGCCACCCCUUAGUACUUUUGAUGACAACACAUAGUUUUUAGAAAGUUGUUUUAGAUUUUUUUUCUUUUCUAGCUAUCUAAACUCACUCUUCAAUAGUUUCAGAAUCCAAUGUUGGGAGUACAGUCUUUUUUCAUCUGAAAGAUGCUUUCCUUCAGAGCACCCCCUCCUCACGUCUGUCUCCUCGUCUCAGUCAGUGAGCAUCGCACAGCUCCCCCAGGUACGGACGUGCACUGCCAGCAGCAGCUCCAGGCGACCAGCCAGACCCCCAGGUAUCUGCUCAAGACGUUUCUGAUUGAGUUGGGCAGGUAAGGCUGGGGGCACACAGGAGGAGGAAUUCUCCCCCUUCCUGGGGGCAGAGUGGGACCCAUAGAUUAAUUAUGGUUCAAGGACACUGGAAUUCAGCUGAUCGAGGCUCUUCCGUCCUGCUCUUUUCCUGCCCCUUGUCAGACUGCAGAUAGAUGUGUGGAGGUGGUCAGUCCCUUCCCACUGCCACACACUCCCCCCAUUCUGUGUUCCAGAAUGAUGGGCUCACAGUGAAGUCAGGGCCCUUCUAUGUGAAGCUAGAGGGUCCCGUUAUGAAGGGUUUGGUCUCAGUCUGCUUGAAUGAUGAUGAAAUACAGCUGGACCCCAGCGGCUUUCAAGAGCAUUCACAGCACACGGUGACACACAGUCCAGCCUCUGAGACGGCUGAUGUUGGUUCCCAAAUGGAGAGAUGAAGCCAGAUACCUGGGGUGCUGUGAAAGCCAUUGAGUUUAAGGGCUAGAAAGAAAGGAUGGAUUUUCACUGAGGCCCUUUGCAUGAGUGUGAAAUCAGAGAUAAGGGUAUGAGGUGCUCCUCCUAGGAUUAGGAAUUCUCACAGGGUUCACUGCACCCAGGUGUAAGGGUCAGACUCUCACUGUUCAAAGAAUCUUAUUGUUGAACUAGGGAGGAAAUUCCCUUUUGCCCCAAGUAUUUCUUUAUUUAAAGGAAUAUCCUGUAAUAAUAGUUAAGAUGUAGAUGACAUCUCCAGCCACUUGAAUAGGAAAUAGAAGGUGUUUACACAAAGAUUUCAGAGUCAUUUAGCAAACUGCGAAGUACCCGCUAGACACUGAGGGAUUCAAAGAUGAACCAGGCAUAGUCCCUGCCCACUGAGAGUUUAUAUUCUACUUGCAGGAUCUGUCAAGCAUGAAAUUUCUCACUUCAGCACUAAGUACUAGGGGUGAGGAAAAUUCACCUGGGACCAAAAUGAAAGCACAUCUAUGAUCUGAAUUACUGGCCUUUCCCUGCUGCUGUCAAGGGAAUCCUGGGCUUGCAGGGUCAGAAAUCAAAAGGGAAAAGCAGUCGGGCACUGUGGGGUGGGGACAGCUUCCUUCCGGUGUGUCUGGGGCGGUGCUCUCACUUGUAUCUUGAAAUGCUCUAGCAUCAUUUCUUCCCUGUACCUUGAGUUAGCCAGGUUACCCCCUCUCCAUCUGAAGGAAGCAGGGACAACUGGCUGGACCGACUAUGUGGAAGGAACGUCAGCUCUAAGAUGUUUUUGUCCCAAGGCAACUUGGUCUUGCCUAAGGCAGCAUCGUCACCAUUCCAAAUCCCUUUGGGGGGCCCCACAGGAAAAGAGGAAUAACGGAUGGAUUUUCUCCUUUCAACAGUAUGUUUGGAACCCUCUCAUCUGUUAUCCUUUACAUUGAAAUCUUGUCCAAGUGAGAAUAUAGGUUUAGCUGAAACUUCCAUGGCUAGGACAGGAUUCACCUAAAUGACUAAGUAACCACCAUUUCCACUGUUUUCUGUCGAGGAUCCAGUGCUGAAUACAUUUCUGACACAUGAACUCCCUUUUGCAGAAGGGGAACCUGAGUAGCAGGGGUAAUAUGACUUUCCCUAGGAGUAGACAGCACACCAGGGACAGAAUUAGGAUCAGGAGCCAGCCCAGCCAUUCCCCGUUUGACCCAUUCCCACCCAGGAAGCUGAAGAUGAAAGAUUUGGGGAAAUACACAAAGAACAAAAGGCGGUUUUCUUUGCCCAAGUAUGCGGUGCUAGUUCACACCCACUCGGCCUGCUCCCCUUCUGCGCAGAAACCUGGAAGAAAAGGAGCAAUACAAGGAAGCCAAGGUGGGAGGAGGUGGGCAGGAAUCUCUGCCUGUCUAAAAACCACAGAACACCAACCUGAUACUCUUCUGGCUCCAUCUGCAUCAACACUAAACAACUACCAACUGCCUGAAUCUUUCACACAUGCCAAGUGAACAUUCUUGAAGAUUUCUCUUUGUGACUGCAACCACCUGUGAAGCAGAAUGAAUCUAGAAUUUCUUCUUCCUUUUUCUCCUUUUUUUUUUCUGGUUUAAUUUCCAAUCUCUUGUUUAUGAGGUGUGGGGUUUAUAAGGGACUGAAUCAAAUGAAUGUAACAAAAAAGAAAAAAAAAGCCUUUUCUCAGGGCCAGUGAGUUGCAAAUAAUUUUUAAAGAAAA